AUGGCGGCCGCAGAGAGGGUCCGGUCGGCGGCGUGCCGGCUGGCCAGGCGCCUCACCUGGCGAGGCCUGCUGCUGGUGGCGCUGCUGGUCUGGGCCGCUCAGCAGGCACUGCUCCUGUUCCCCGGCGAGACGCUGCGUGACCGCCUGCUGUACCGCGUGGCCGUGAUCCGGGAGCCGAGCGGCGUCAUUAUCACCAAGAAGGCCUCCCAGCUACCGGACUCGGCGUUCUCGGAAGAGCAGAAGGCUACUCUGCGCACCGUGUUCCAGUGGGCGACCACGCCGACCACGCGCUGCGUUCGCCAGUCCACCUUCGGCGGUCAGCCGUACUUAUCGUCGCAAAUCGAGACGCACAUUCUGGAGGGAGACCGGCCUGUCUGCUUUGACGCCGGCUUCAGCAUUGCCGACCCGACGCGGCCGUGUGUCGUCUACUCCUUCGGCAUCAAGGACGACUGGUCAUUCGACGACGCGAUGGCGCGCUUCGGCUGCGAGGUGCACGCCUUUGACCCGUCCAUCGGCGCCGCGCCCGAGCGCCGCCCGAGCGGCGUGCGCUUCCACCCUGUGGGCAUCGGUCGCAACGACCACGUUAACGUGUACGGGUGGCGCAUCCGGACGCUGGAUACGGUGGUGCGCGAGCUCGGCCACGCGCAGCGGCCACGGCUCUCCUACCUCAAGGUGGACGGCGAAGGCGCCGAGUUUGACAUGCUCUCGCAGCAGCUGCUGGAUGCCCGCGGUGAGCGCGCGCUGGACAAGUUCGACCAGAUCGGUAUGGAAGUGCACUUUCGGAAGGCGCCCGAAACGGAAAUGGAGUUCUACAGUCGAGUGGCGAACUUGACGGUCCGGCUGCGCCAGCGCGGGUGGGAGGUGGCCGAGUCCGUGCCCAACAAGAUCUACAAUAAGUGGUUCCACUUCCCUGGCUUGGACAAGCCCGCAUCUCACAUGUUCGAUAUGCUGCUGCUCCGACCGCAGCGAGUGUGAGUAGCGAAUUACGUCAGGUCAGGCUCGGUGAAGGCACUAACGUCUGGGCGAGGUCAUGUUCUCCAUGAAGCAUUUUGGAGCGUGUGGCUCUGAUUAAAUUUGUUUUCGUAUCCAGCUCCUCUGUUUUGACGCCACCGGCCCCAUUCAUCUCCAUAUCAUCGAGACCUGCCUCACUUGCUCCAGUUUUCCCAAUUCCUGGAAGCCCUCCCUGGUUCUUCCUAUUUUCGAAUUCAACGAUCCAACCCUGGUCUCCAACCACCUUCCUUUCUAAUGAUCCCUGCCAUGGCCAAGAUGGUCGAGCUGUGUGGUAUAGCACCAAAUGUUUACUUACAUGUCCGACAACCACUGUCUGUCUUCGUCCCAGCAUGCCUUCAGUCCCCGCCAUGGCACGGAGACUGCUCUCCUCACUGUGGCGAGCCGCAUCUUUUCCAAAAUGGACUGUGGCCGCCUUUUACUUUAAUGCCUCUUGGAUCUCAGUAGAUACGUCGACGUCAUUCCUCACUCUUGACUACCUUUGAAGUUUCAGCUCCAUAAUAUUGGCGAGGCCUGGUUGUCCUAUAUUUCUGGUAAUUUCCGGCCAGUCCUCUCCUUUUGUUGAUAAAGUGGUCUUCAAGCCCCUUCCCAUCACGAUGGGAGUCUUCCAGAGAUCCACCCUUCAGCCCACGUGAGACAUUUCCUCCCACUAGUACUGAUGGCCAUCGUGCAGGGUCUAGUCAUCUCACGCUUGAGAUACUGCAUUGCACUUUAUGGCCAGGGAAGAGCUGCUAGCGAUGCCGGACUGCUGAAAGUGAUUUACUUCCCUACCAGAGUAGUAACUGGCCUCCAAAAAUACGACAACGUGUCUCGCGCUUGGGAUGACCUGCACUUUGCCACACCUCGCCAACUGUGUUACACUGUUAUUGCUGCGCACGAUGCCCGUGACGUGAUCGAGGUGAGCCCGCAGAUCGUGCCCGUCUGCUUCAAACACAUGCCGACGCACGGACCUGCGACCGUUCUACUCGCAUGGACCAAAACCUAGACCUCCGACGGUGCGCAGGCGGCAGGGGUCCUUCGUGUAUGGGGAAGCCUGUCUCCGGAGCGAGCUUCCAGUGGGAGUCAGACGACUGGAUCCGACAAGUUUUAAGCGCACUGCCAAGUCAUUCCUUGUGCAACAGGCCUGUCUGAUACUGUUUUGUAUGCAUGUGUUUGUAUGUUUUUAUUCCUUAUCCCUUUUCGUUGCUGGGUUUACUGUUUGACCUCUGACAAGUGGCACCUAAAAGCCAUGUAUUUACGUUGAGUGUCAGCUGAUUUCAAAUAAAUAGAUGCAUAAUUC